CUCAGCCCUGUACAAGGUCUUUGUGCCCAGCUUCACUUACAGGGUUUCAGCGCAGCUGGUGUGCGUGGGGGGCCGCGGGGCAUCCGCCUGCCCCCUGACGCUGCGCCUACGUCCCAAGGCCCCGCCCCUGCACAACUCAAGCUCUGUGGCCUGUGGAGGUGCCUCGGUAUGCCAGCUGGAGCUGGCACUGCCCCCGUGGGGGCACUGGGUCUACGUGCGUGUGGAGACACCAUCCCGGGGCCCUGGCAGGACCGUCUGCUUCCAGCUGUGUGUGCGGUUGCAAGAGUGCCCACAGCCCAGCCUGUCCCGUGCCCUGGUCCCCGGAGCUGCCAUGAACAUGCCCCAGUCACUGGGCAACCAGCCACUGCCCCCAGAGCUGUCAUCCCUCGGGGCCCCUGCCGAGGGGCCUGGGGCCACAUCCCCACCUGAGCACUGCUGGCCAGUGCGCCCGACGCUGCGCAAUGAGCUGGACACCUUCUCCGUCCACUUCUACGUCUUCUUUGGCCCCAGCGUGGCCCUCCCCCCUGAACGCCCAGCCGUGUUUGCCCUGAGGCUGCUGCCAGUGCUGGACAGUGGAGGUGUCCUCAGCCUGGAGCUCCAGCUCAACGUGAGCUCCCUGCGCCAGGAAAAUGUGACAGUGUUCGGAUGCCUGACUCACGAGGUGCCCUUGAGCCUGGGGGAUGCAGCAAUGACUUGUUCCAAAGAGUCCCUGGCCGGCUUCCUCCUCACGGUCAGUGCCACCUCCCGAGUGGCCAGGCUGCGAAUCCCGUUCCCGCAGACGGGGACCUGGUUCCUGACACUGCGCUCCCUCUGCGGGGUGGGGCCUCGGUUCCUGAGGUGCCGGAACGCGACGGCCGAGGUGCGGUUGCGCACUUUCCUGUCCCCGUGCGUGGACGACUGCGGGCCCUACGGCCAGUGCAAGCUGCUGCGCACGCACAACUACCUGUACGCGGCCUGCGAGUGCAAGGCCGGAUGGCGGGGAUGGGGCUGCACCGACAGUGCGGAUGCGCUCACCUACGGAUUCCAGCUUCUGUCCACGUUACUGCUCUGCCUGAGCAACCUCAUGUUUUUGCCCCCCGUGGUCCUGGCCAUUCGGAGCCGAUAUGUGCUGGAAGCGGCUGUCUACACCUUCACCAUGUUCUUCUCCACGUUCUACCAUGCCUGUGACCAGCCAGGCAUUGUGGUUUUCUGCAUCAUGGACUACGACGUGCUGCAGUUCUGUGACUUCCUGGGCUCUUUAAUGUCCGUGUGGGUCACUGUCAUUGCCAUGGCUCGCUUACAGCCUGUGGUCAAACAGGUGCUGUACUUGCUGGGGGCUAUGCUGCUGUCCAUGGCUCUGCAGCUUGACCGGCAUGGACUCUGGAACCUGCUUGGACCCAGUCUCUUUGCCCUGGGGAUCUUGGCCACAGCCUGGACAGUACGCAGCGUCCGCCGCCGGCACUGCUACCCGCCCACGUGGCGCCGCUGGCUUUUCUGCCUGUGCCCAGGCAGCCUGAUCGCGGGCAGUGCCAUCCUGCUCUACGCCUUCGUGGAGACCCGAGACAACUACUUCUACACUCACAGCAUUUGGCAUAUGCUCAUCGCGGGCAGUGUGGGCUUCUUGCUGCCCCCUCGUGCCAAGACUGACCGCCAGGUCCCAUCUGGAGCCCGGGCCCGGGGCUGCGGCUACCAGCUGUGCAUCAAUGAGCAGGAGGAGCUGGGCCUUGUGGGCCCGGGAGGGGCCACUGUCAGCAGCAUCUGUGCCAGCUGAGAGGGGCUCUGGGCUGCCCUUGGGGAACGUGAACUCUUCCCCGGGGCAGAGAGCCCUUCCUUGGGUUCUUUCUGGGAGCAUGGAGUCCUCCCAGGGAUGAGAGACAAGUUGUAUUUCUUGAGGACAUGGAGUCUUUCUUAAGGACACGGAACUCUUUCAGGGGCCUGGCACACUUCCCGAGGGCCUGGAGUCCUCCUGCAUCUUCAGGACUGGAGCCCGUGCAGGGCCACAGAGCCCCCUCAGGACCAAGGAGUCCCUCCCAGGGCUGUGGAGCCCUUCCCAGGGUAUGGAACCCUCCUGAGGACAUGGAUUCCUUCCCUGGGAGACCAGGCCCUCUCAGGACAUGGCGUCGUUCCUAAGGAAACGGAGUCCAUCCUGGGGAAGCUGAGUCUCCAGAUCUUCCCAGCAGCUCAGCAACUCUGGGCUCAGACAUCCUUCCCAGAGGCAGCAUCUGGGCUGUGCUGUGCUGGGAGGGGGUUGCAGGACAGACGGGGCUGGGACUGGGGCUGCGGUGGCUGGUAUCCUGAGUUGAUGCAGGUGGAGUCUGGUGUGUCUCCAAUGAAGUAUUUACUGGUUC